GGGAUGGACGGAGCGGAGCCGAGCGGGGCGGGCGGCGCGGCGGGGCUCGCUGGGCGCCGCAGCCGUAACCUCCCGUCUCUCCCUCUCGCAGCGGCCGCGGCGACGAUGCAGGCGGAGUCGGGGAUCGUGCCGGACUUCGAGGUGGGCGAGGAGUUCCACGAGGAGCCCAAGACGUACUACGAGCUGAAGAGCCAGCCCCUCAAGAGCAGCAAUUCCGAGCAUCCUGGCGCUUCCAAGCCUCCCUUAAGCUCCUCCAGCAUGACCUCACGAAUCCUGCUCCGACAGCAGCUCAUGCGUGAGCAGAUGCAGGAGCAGGAGCGUCGGGAGCAGCAGCAGAAGCAGCAGGCAGCCCAGUUCAUGCAGCAGCGAGUGCCCGUCAGCCAGACACCUGCCAUCAACGUCAGCGUCCCCACCAGCCUGCCCCCCGCCACCCAGGUGCCCAUGGAGGUCCUCAAGGUGCAGACUCACCUUGAGAAUCCAACCAAGUACCACAUUCAGCAGGCCCAGCGGCAGCAGGUAAAGCAGUACCUCUCUACCACUCUAGCAAAUAAACAUGCCAACCAAGCCCUGAGCUUGCCAUGUCCAAACCAGCCUGGGGAUCAUGUCAUGCCACCUGGGACGGGGAGCAGCGCGCCCAACAGCCCCAUGGCUAUGCUCACCCUCAACUCCAACUGUGAGAAAGAGGGAUUUUAUAAAUUUGAAGAGCAAAGCAGGGUUGAGAGUGAGUGCCCGGCUCUGAAUACCCACUCACGAGCAUCAUGCAUGCAGAUGGAUGAUGUGAUUGAUGACAUCAUUAGUUUGGAGUCCAGCUAUAAUGAAGAAAUCCUCGGCUUGGUGGACCCAGCCCUGCAGAUGGCAAACACGUUGCCUGUGUCUGGCAAUUUGAUUGACCUUUAUGGCAACCAGAGCAUGCCUCCUCCAGGACUAAACAUCAGCAACUCAUGUCCAGCUAAUCUUCCUAAUAUAAAAAGGGAGCUCACAGCAUGUAUUUUUCCUACAGAGUCGGAAGCGAGAGCCUUGGCUAAGGAGAGGCAAAAGAAAGACAAUCACAACUUGAUUGAAAGAAGAAGAAGAUUUAAUAUUAAUGAUCGUAUAAAAGAACUGGGCACCUUGAUACCCAAGUCAAAUGACCCUGACAUGCGCUGGAACAAGGGGACGAUCCUGAAGGCGUCAGUGGAUUACAUCCGCAAGCUGCAGAGGGAGCAGCAGCGCACCAAGGAGCUGGAGAACAGGCAGAAGAAGCUGGAACAUGCCAACAGGCACCUGCUGCUCAGAAUACAGGAGCUUGAGAUGCAAGCCCGGGCACACGGACUGUCCCUUGUCCCAUCCACAGGCCUUUGCUCCCCUGACAUGGUCAACAGGGUCAUCAAACAGGAGCCUGUGCUGGACAACUGCAGCCAGGAGAUGAUGCCACACCACACAGACCUGUCCUGCACCACCACCCUGGACCUCACCGACGGCACCAUCACCUUCAGUGACAACCUGGGAAACGUGACUGAGCCAGCUGGCACCUACGGAGUUCCUGCCAAAAUGGGAUCCAAACUGGAAGACAUCCUGAUGGACGAUACCCUGUCCCCCGUGGGAGUGACUGACCCACUGCUCUCCUCCGUGUCUCCUGGGGCAUCAAAGACGAGUAGCAGGCGGAGCAGCGUGAGCAUGGAGGACACUGACCAUGCUUGUUAGCAUCUGUUGGCACACCCUUCAUAAACUGCUUUGGUUCUUUGAUCAGUAGAUGAAAUAAUUUACCUUUUGUAGAAUUUUUUUGAUUUUUUUUUUCCCCCUUGUGCUUCUUCAGUGUGUGUGCGUGUGUGUAUAUAUUAUAUAUAUAGAAUUUUUUUUAGAAUUUUUGUGAAGAAACUUGUAUAUUCUAUUUUAAAACUACCAAUGCCUCCAAAAUAUUGUACAGCAUAUGUACAGAAUCUGUGAACUGGAUUCGCCAAGAACUUUGAACUGGUCAAAUCUACUCAAAGCAAUAGAAUUACAGAUGAAGAGUCUGUUUCUACUGGGAGGGGGGGAGGGGGCAAUUGCAGGAUUGUAAAUGCAACCUAUUUACUUGGAAACAAAAUGUAAAGUUUAAGAAUGUAAAGAAACAACAACGACGACAAAAAAGUCCAAUUUGUAAUUGUAUUAAUUGAAUAGUGCUGCCUUAAAGAUACAGUGUCCCUCAAAUGUUGGUCUUAUAUGACAAGUGUUUAGGGAAAAUACCCACCCGACUUCACUGAGAAAACCAACUAAACCCAAGUGUUAAGACAUCCUGAUUGUGUUGAUUGUGGUAUAAAAUGCUGUUGCUGAAACUGCAGGGAGAUGUGAGUGUCUCAGAGUGUUGUUUAAUUUUACUCUGAGCUGAUUUGGGUUUUCCUUUUGAUCAUGGAUCAAGUUUUUCCUCUUAAAUUUUUAUUUUUGAUUUGUGACAGAUGUGGGUGGCUUUGCCAAUGGCAAACCAAGCAGGAGCACUGUAAGUUGGGAAUACACUCUUUGGACAAAAGAAAAUUAUGCAUAUUAUCAGCUGGGCACAUUAUGUUGUACAUAUCUAAUUGGCUUUAUUUUUUUUUUAAAUUGCAUUGUACAGUUUCUUUUGAUUUGCAUGGAUUCCUUAGUUAUCCUCAACAUUUUGUUUUAAAUUUAUUUGUAUUUCAUUUGUAAGAUUUUUGCCUCUUAAUAUUGCAGCGAUUUUUUGACAUUUUUAAAACUCAUUGGAAGUUUUCUGCGUUCUUUGUAAACACUUGAAAGGAAGCUUUUAUGCAGGGUUCUGUGUUUUAAGAGAGAUUUUGAGAAUAUUUUGUAUAUUACAGUCUCACUUUGAAAAUGUUUUUAAACGCAUUUAAGGUAGAGUAAAAAUUUAGAUUAGGUAAUAAAACAACUCUGUAGAGAAACUGAACUUACAUAUUUAUUUUUAGUGAUACAGAAAAAAAGUAGUAAUAUGCUUGGAAACAUAACUAUGUAGUUAAUAUACCCGUUAGAGCAAUUCGUGUUCUAUUUCAGCACCGGGGCUGACAUAAGAAAAAAAAAACAACAAAAAAAAAAAGAGUAAAUUACUGUAUCUGCAAAUAACUGUUACUUGAUAACAAUGUUAUUAAUUUUUAACAUGCAACCAUGUUGUAAAAGUAGUUUGGUGCAUUAUCUACUCAAGUGUAGUCCUAUGCAAUAACGGUAGUUUUCCUUGUAUUAUAUCCAGCCUAGGUGUUCCACGGAGGUGACAGGUGGUGUUCCGAGCUAGACAGAGGGAAUGGAAUUCUCCACGGCAGCCUACAGCUGACUGGCAGGCGUAGCUCGUUCAGAAUGAAGUGCCUUAAACUCUAGUUGUAGUCUUCCUCGACUAGCACUGACUGAAGUGUGGCGUAGACAGAGCUUUAGGGUGGUGGUGUGUAGGGCCUUGAGGUGUAGCAUGGUGCCUACGGAUAGAAAACCAGAGCUUCCCUUUCUCCUUUGUGCUACACUGGAAAUUACAUAGGAUGAGUGCAACGGUGAGUAACCUGAGUGCCAGUUUGGCCAGCUUUCCAAGGAAACCUUGGGCUCAGCAGGUGGUGUUCAGAAGCCAAAUGUGAACUGGGUAGGACGGGGUGGCUGGGGGUAGUGCUGGGAGUUCCUACAGCGCUGAGCCCUCUCCCAGACAUUUCUCCAGGAGGGCUCCCUGCCUGGCACUGCUGCUGUGGCAUGGGGGGCAGGGGCUCCUGGUGUCCCCUGCCUGGCUCCUGUGCUCCCAGCACAGGGGGCCUGGGCUCUGCAGGGCUGUGGAGCUCAGUUCCUGUGUUCCUGUCACUCUUCCCGUGCUGUGUCCAGCCCUCCCUUCCCGCUUGAGCCGCCAGCGAUGUGUUAGCGUUGAUGCAGCCACGGGGUUGUGGCUUCUUUUCUUUCUUUUAUAGUUCUUGAAGGAGGAGCUGGAGUUGGGUUGUAAUGACGUCCCCCUCAGCCCAGACAGCUUUUGGGAAUAGGUCUUUCCUAGGGUAGAGAAGCUCUGGCCCAGGCAGGAGCAGGAGGCUGCAGGAUGUGCUGUGGUCACCAUGGUCUUGGGGCAGGAAAUGCCCCCAGUCCCUGCCAGGCAGCUGUGCCAUAGCUCUGAGUCAAGUGUGGGGGUACAGGCCUCUGGUGCUGCUGUUUGGCUGGGGUGACAGGUAGGAAAAGCUGUAAAAAAUGGUUGUAGCUGUAACACAGGGCUGUGUUGCCCUUCCCCAAAAGAUGGGGCAGCUCUGCAGCGUUGGUACAACAAAUCAGGGUGUGGGUGCUAGAGUGUAGUAACUGAGAACCACUGAAUGUAUUGAAUGAGGCUUUUGGUUUGGUGCCUGCCCUGGGCAUUCAGAAAUUCAAGUCUAGACUGUGGUAAAUGAAUAUUUUUCAAGCUUAUGUGAAACCACUGGUACUCGCUGGCAGCCGUGACUUCUGAAUUUUGGCUGUGUGGAGGUGAGUUAGGAUUCAAGGCCAACCAUUCCAUCAAGAGCUGGAUUCCUUGGCAGAAGUCUCUGUGGCUGCAGCAGCUGUGUUGUGUGCUCCUAUACCUGGUGUUUUCUGGGGUAACACAAUUUGGCCAUGCCCUGCUCAUUCUUCCCCUGUGUUCCCUUGGGUUACAGCCCUCCUCUGAGGCUCCCCACCCUUGGAAUGGUGACACUGCAGUGGGGACACCUGCAGGAGGCACAGAUCCCCAGUGGGUGCUAACAGGAGAUGCCUUUGAGCAUGGAGGAGGGUGUGGCUGUGACAUUUUGGAGGGGUUGGUGGCAGGGGACAGAGGCACGGGUGGGCAUGGCUGGCUGCAGUGAGAUGGACAGAAGUUGUUGCCCGCUCUGGUGACGGUGGCGCGUGUGACGCUGGGCAGCGGUGGCUUCCCUGAGCAGCUGGGUGGGGAAACGACCAAUUCUCACUUGGCCAAAGCCGUGCAACAGGCAGGGGCGUGCAGAGUACCGUGUUCUUCCUUACUGCUUUUGGCCUAUAAAGCAAUAUUUAACUCUUACAGCCUGUAAAAGCAAAAAGAAGGUACAUAAGGAAAGCACAAAGCACAAAAUAAUGCACUUACAUUUAUGUUGUUUGACAUAAAAUGCACUGGGGGGGAAGCUGAUGUUGAUAAUAGUAUAAAUACCUAUAUUUCUUGAAAAAGUGACAUUAAUUACUGCCUCUUGCUAUGAUGCUUGGUACUGUAAUGUUGAUAUUCAUCUGCUGUUGACUGCAGCAAUAAUUUGUGUAUGGUCCAUAGCACUGUAAAUUAUGGAUCAAUAUUAAUGUAUCCAAUGAAAUAAUUUGAACUGUUGUUCUUGAUAGAUGGAUUAAAGCAUUUGGUUUUUCACAUA